AUGGCCACUGGCGAUCCAGAACGCCGCUCGUGCUUUGAUGUUGCUGUCGCCGUUGCGCUUUUCCACUUCUUGCUACUAGCACUCGGCAGCAGUAUCCCUUUGCACAACACUACGGUUACCGUCAUCAUAGUGCAAUUCAGGGCCAGCUCAGCCAGCCCCAGCUGGGUAUCAGUUCCGGCAAAGACAAUCCAAGAUGCUACCCCUCAGGCCGAGGAGCGAGUCUCAGCAACCUUGUAUGCGGUGGACAAGUGA